CGUGGUCUCCCCGUCACAUCAACACUUUGGACAGCAGCCUCUCGCUCCUCUCCCCACUGUGGAUGGAGAUCCUCUGCUGUUUUAAUGCCCCUGAGCUGCGGAUGAAGACGCGUGGCGCUCUGCGGUCAAGUUUGGACCUCCCAGAGAUGUAGGCGAGGAGGAGGCACAGCCUGCCCGAACCAGGCACGUCGCCACAGCUUCACGCGCAAAGCAGCCUUUUGUUUUUUGGUUUUCUUUCUGCUGGUUGACCAAGGCCCAAGGCUUGAUUUGGGAAUGGUGUGUUUAACAACCCGGAAGGGCCGUUCGCAGACCGCUCCGGGCUCGUCUUGUAUUCGGGAUCCAUAUCUGGCAUCCUCCGUCUCCUCCUGAUUUGUGGCGCAGAGAUGGACGGGAAACCGGGAGAAGUGGCGGAGCCGCGAGUUGUCGAGGGUUUCUUUUAUUGCUGCUCAGUAUUUAUCGGCGGCUAGGUUGGAAGUUGCAGCCGGGGCUGCGGGAUGAGAGCGGCUCCAUCCACGAGACACGCCACCAGCUACAGCGCGACGAGGAGGAGGAUUCGGGAGGAGAGAGCGCUGGGCUGAUGGAUGCCACAGCGAGACAACAAAGGACGCGCGCUCGCCACCGUCUCGUUCCCUCCUCUCCGUAGAUACACGGCAAACUCCGAAGUCGGAUUAGACUUGGCUCCUAAUAGGAUUAAAUAUCAACCACAUUAAAUAUCAUGGUGAUAAAUAGACUCCAACGUUGUACUGAAAGCGGCUCCUGCUGAUUUAAAGCAUCGGGAGGGAGAACUGGAUGAGGAUGUAGGCAUCAGAGGAUGCUCCUGGACCCGGCCGACUUUCAUGUUGGUCCCUGACAGCUCGUGGCUCCCAGCCUCCAUUGAAUCCUGAAAGAAAACGCCUCUGUCCAUGAAGGAUAAUCCUUCCCUAUUGGCUGGAUUGCGGUGCACAUGCUAUAACAACAGGAUAUGCAAAGAGCUAUGGGCUGAUCUCAUAGCCUAUCAUGUUUUUCCUUUUUUUUUUUGACCGAGAUGUGUAUUUUAUUUGUUAGGAUGUGAACUGUCUGCUUUUAGCCUAUACCGAAUGGUUCGGAUGCAAUAAUAAUAAUAAUAAUAAUAAUAAUAAUAAUAAUAAUAAUAAUAAUAAUAAUAAUAAUAAUGGACACUUAACACUUGAGCUACGGCUGUUUUGUGUCACAGAGCAGUUGUACCUGUGUAGUCAAACUGCCGAAGAAUGUUUAAGUAUCGGAUCCGACUGUUUUUCAAUGAACUCAAAGUGUUGCUACUGAUGCGCUCCGGAUCAAGCAGGGGGACUGCUACGAGCACAGACCCGGACACACACGCCAGCAUGCGGGGGCUCGCCGUGAGAGGCUGCGGUUGGCCGCCGCUGAGCUGCUCCCGACGAGACGACGAGGAGGAAUAUUACGGCUCCGACCCGCGACCGCGCAGCCUGGCGUUCGAGGACGCGGAUGGAGCCAAGUCGCAGGGAGAGAGCCUGGACGCCGCGUCCCUGCCCAGCUUCUCGGAGAGCGGCAUGCGGUCGCCGCAGUGCCGGAUCUGCUUCCAGGGACCGGAGAAGGGGGAGCUGCUGAGCCCCUGUCGCUGUGACGGCUCCGUGCGCUGCACUCACCAGUCCUGCCUUAUCCGCUGGAUCAGUGAGAGAGGCUCCUGGAGCUGCGAGCUCUGCUACUUCAAGUACCAGGUCCUGGCCAUCAGCACUAAAAACCCACUGCAGUGGCAGGCUAUCUCUCUGACUGUGAUUGAGAAGGUGCAGAUUGCAGCCAUCAUCCUGGGCUCCUUGUUCCUCAUCGCCAGUAUCUCCUGGUUAGUGUGGUCGUCUCUCAGCCCCUCAGCCAAGUGGCAGCGGCAGGACCUCCUCUUCCAGAUAUGCUACGGCAUGUACGGUUUCAUGGACAUAGUUUGUAUAGGUCUCAUCAUCCACGAAGGCUCGUCGGUGUACCGGAUCUUUAAGCGCUGGCAGGCGGUGAACCAGCAGUGGAAGGUGUUGAAUUAUGAGAAAGCGAAGGACGUAGAUGACCCUAUCAGUUCCAGCAGUAAAGACGCGGGGCGUGUUGAGAGGACCUCUUCUCACGCCGCCGCCGACAGCGGGCAGCGGGCGGGUCGGCACGUCAGGACUAUUCUCCACCACCACUGUGGCUACACUAUUUUGCACAUCCUCAGCCAGUUGAGGCCCAGCAGCCUGCACAAUGCCAACCACGAAGUGGUCAUGAGGGUGACCACUGUAUGAAACUGGGCGGCGCACACGCACAUGCGAAUGUCCCUCGAUGUCUGAAGGGAAGAGAAAAGUGUUCAUUUGGAUUUUCAACACUUAACUGGUCGUUGCAGACAACGUCUAGUCACAUUUCGUCUGCAGCUUCUCACUGAAUUUAAAGAAAGAAAAUGUUCCGGGGUUUUUGACAAAGGCAGAAUUUUGCAGUGUUAUGGGAGAUUUUAGAAACUGUGAAAACACAACAAAGACAAUGAAAAAUAAAACAAUUUUGAAAAGAAACAGCUUUAUUACAUAAAGCAAACAUUUUUACCAACUUGACAAAUGUUUUAAAAUGUCACUGUACUGUUUCACUUUCUAAAUAACAAAAAAAUUGUUGAUUCUAAGUCCAACUGUAUUGGAGAGUUUGAUGAUGAAAAUGACUGUGACGUUCAUCACUAUGGCCCCAGACCCUAAUGUUGCAAUGACUUGGUAGAUCUGAGCCUGAUGUCUCAGGCCACAUUCCAGAGCUCCAAACAUCCUCCCUAAAACAUAUCCUCCAAGUACAAUUUGUGUCUUCAAGUAAACCUUUUGUUCGUCUCAGAGAAAAACUGAGCUUUUUUAUGUCGGUGCAACAACAUGGAUUUAUUAAUGUGACAUGUGCAUUGGUAGAAUUACACACAUCUCACAAGUAAGGAAAUAAUAAAGAACAUGUUAUGGGAAGUUUGCCAUAUUAAAGUACUUACCUAUCCUGUGAACUCACCCCUUUACCAACCCUUGACAAUAAACAACCAGAUUUCUGCCUCUCUGAUGGAUAUUUGUUUAAAAUGUCCCAUCUCAGCAUCACACCAUUUCCAGAUGCUAAAAUCAAUACUGCAUUUUCUCUUUUUAACCCAUAUUGUACCUUAUUUGUUUAAUUUUGAAAUGUCUAUAAAACUGACAAGAAUCAUCAUGUGUUGGCAUUACAGAAGUGAUGGACCCAGGUAAUGUGAUGUGCUGUGAUAUAAACAUAACUGAAAACUAUUUCUCAAACUAAACUGCAACAUACAAUAAAUCAAAGGGCUUUUGUGCUUAGA